AUGGUUAACGCACAUGCUGCUACUCAAGGACCAGAUGCUCCAGAAUAUGUUUCAAAGGCUAGACAUGCUUGGACAUUCGAGGUCAGGACGAGAAACAACCCAGACAAUAUAACUAUAUUGUUCAAAACAUUGGAUAAAACUCUUUUCCAGAGGAUAAGAAAAUGUCAAUUAGCCAAGGAUAUUUGUAACAUUCUCAUGCAGAUCGGAGAAGGAGAUGAGCAGAAGAAGGAAAACAAGUUGAGCAUCACCAUGAAAAAAUUUGAGGAUUUUCGAAUGGUCAAUGGCAAGAGUAUAGCUGAGAUGGAGACUUGGUUCAUGAAGUUGAUGUGUGAGAUAGCCAAUCUUGGCAAAGAACUAACUUAG